AUGUCCAAACACCCAGCGGGCUCCCAACAACAAGGCAGGGCACCCGGCGACGGCCAGUUCCUCUGCCCCGUGUGCCGGCAGCUGUCGUCGCCCGCAGCCCUGCGGCCCAACUGGGCCCUGGCCCGGCUGACGGAGAAGGCGCGGCGCCGGCGCGAGGGCCCCGUGCCCCCCGGCCUGUGCAGCCGCCACUGGGAGCCGCUGCGGCUCUUCUGCGAGAACGACCAGCGGCCCGUGUGCCUGGUGUGCAGGGAGUCCCAGGAGCACCAGGACCACUCCAUGGCGCCCGUCGACGAGGCCUUCGAGAGCUACCGGGAAAAACUUAAACAGACUCAAUGUAGUCUAGCGAUCAAGAUGGAGAAAGCCAUGAAGUUACAGGACAUGGAAAUGAAGAGUGCUGCAGAGUGGAAGGACAAGAUGAAGAAUCAGAAAUUGAGAUUAAGGGCAGAGUUUACAAAGCUGCACGACUUCCUGGCUGAAGAAGAGCAACUGUUUCUUCAGAGACUGAGCAAAGAAGAAGAAGAGACUGAGAAGAAACGGACUGAGAACACAUUAAAGCUCCAUCAAAUAAUCACUUCCUUGAAGAAGCUCAUCUUAGAGGUCAAGGAGAAGAGCCAGAGCUCCAUCCUGGAGUUGCUUCAGAAUCCAAAAGAUCUUUUGGCCAGGAGUGAGAACCAGGAUGUAAACUAUUCCCUCGAAUUCCUAGAGGUGAAGACUGUGUGCCAUAUACCAGUGAUGAAAGAAAUGCUGAAGCGAUUCCAAGUGGCUGUCAAUGCAGCUGAAGAAACAGCUCAUCCCCACCUUGUCUUCGCCCAGGAAGGGAGGUACGUGAAAAACAGAACACCAGCUGGUACUAUGUCAUUUUCUACAGCAUGGAACUACUUUACUGGAUGGAGGAAUGCUCAGCAGUCCAAACCCUUUGUGGAGAGAUUUCAACACUUACCCUGUGUUUUGGGAAAAAACAUUUUCACUUCAGGGAAACAUUACUGGGAAGUUGAGAACCGAGAUAACCUGGAGAUUGCUGUGGGGGUGUGUCUGGAGGAAAUCAUGGGGAUUGUUAAUAAUUCAGAAAUGGCUCCUCAUUUGGGCAUCUGGGCUAUUUGUUGGAGUUCUGCCGGCUAUUGGCCCUUAACAGGCUCCCCUGUAAGUCCCACCAGGCUACAGCCAGCUCUUCACCGGGUAGGAGUUUUCCUAGAUUGUGGCACUGGGGAUAUCUCAUUCUACAAUGCUGUCGAUGGAGUGCACCUACACACUUUUUCUUUUUCUUUUGUCUCGUGUCUCCGGCCGUUCUUUUGGUUGAGCCCAUUAGCAUCUUUAUUCAUCCCACCAGUGACUGGUGGGAAAUGAGGCUAUUCUUUCUCUGCCCAAGAAUCCCUACCUAUAUCUCAGCCCCAGGGUCAUCCAUUUCUUGGCCUUCUUUCACUUUAUAUUGAUCCUUGGUAGCACAUCAGUACUAUUCAUUCAGACUCAAAUUUCAUGUUUUGUUCAAAUUCCUGUAUGUCCUGUGCAUAGACAGAUAUGGCAGAUCCUGUUAGUUGCCUUUCUAGUAGCCACUUGCCUCACUUCUCAGCUUCUCUUCUGGUUCUUUCUAAUUGAACUGUUUGGUGUGUGCCCUCUAUGUGCUUCAGGAGAAGCAGUCCCUUGUGAGGUAAUUCUGGCCAAUGAGAUAGGUUGGGAAAUUUUCCUAGGUGGGGAAAAGUUCUGGGGAAUGUUUUUGUAGCUUCUAAAAGGAGGUAUUUGGGAAGACAUAGCCCUUUUCUGAUGUUAGCAGCCAUAUUGGAACUGCAUACGGAGAGUACGGUCGCAGUGGAAAGGAAGAAGAAACAUGGCCUUUGCUGGCAUCAUCAAACUGUUGGAAUUUCCCUAAUCCCAAACUCCUUGUUACUUGAGAUUAUUGCUCCCUUUUUAUAUAAGGCAAUUUUAGUUGCAUUUUGGUUACUUGCCGUCUAAAGUAUCCUAACUGGUGCUAUAGGCACGUAGCAUAGAUAUCCUACAAUUUAGGCUUAUCUCACUUUUCCUGAAACUUGACAAAUGUAUGGAAUCCAAAUUCACUUCAGUUGUAUAAUUCCUCUUUCUAGUAAGUACUGAUAUCCCUCAUUUUUCUGGAUCAGAAAACUGAAGCAGUCUUCCCUUACCCUGCCCAUGCUAUUACUCUCUUCAUCUGACCAGGUCUUGGCCUUCAGGUGUUCAUUAUGCUAUCCGCUUGUCAAAUUCAUAUAUUGUAUAUACACGUUUAUUAAUAUAGUGAAAAUGUUGAAAAACAUUUAAGUAUUUACACUUUGCUAGCUUCUUUACAGAAUGCUUUCAUAUGACUCUUGUAGCAGCUCAGUGAGAUGGAGAGUAAACCCUAUUUUUACAAGUGAGAAAACAAACCGUUAGAGUAACUCACACAUUAUUGCUUAGCUGGAAAAUGGGAGUGUUGGGAUUAAAUUCAGAUCUGUUUGAGAUGAAAGCCUGCACUUUUUUUCUACUCUACAUUUAUUUGUAAGUAUUUGUUGAAUGUAGAUUGUGGGUCAGCAUCAUCUUUGUUUCUUAUUUUCUUAUAUGUUUUUAUCCUAUAUAUGUAUUUUUUCACUUUACUUUUCUACUCUCAAUUGUAAGCACUCAAGAGGAUUGUGAAAGUUACUGGAUAGUUAUUUUUAAAGUAAUGAUUGUUUCUGAUACAACGCGGCAGUGAUGCCAGCUAGA